GAAGUGGAAGAGAGGCAUGGUCCCGGGGGCAGUGCGCGCCCUACUCACACAUGCAGGGCAAGAAGAAAGCUAUACAAUGAGCAGAAUCAGCUGGAGACUCGCUUCAGCCUGACCCCAUGGAGCCCUGGAGCACAUGACUCCUUUGCCAUGAACCAGUCUGCCCCCAAGGCCCCCCCUCCAACCCGCCGUGUGCGGCUGAAGCCCUGGCUGGUGGCCCAGGUGAACAGCUGCCAGUACCCAGGGCUUCAGUGGGUCAAUGGGGAAAGGAAAUUCUUCUACAUUCCCUGGCGCCAUGCCACACGGCACGGCCCUAGCCAGGAUGGAGAUAACACCAUCUUCAAGGCCUGGGCCACGGAGACGGGGAAGUACACCGAGGGGGUGGAUGAGGCUGACCCAGCCAAGUGGAAGGCCAACCUGCGCUGUGCCCUUAACAAGAGCCGUGACUUCCGCCUCAUCUAUGACGGGCCCCGGGAGAUGCCACCUCAGCCCUACAAGAUCUAUGAGGUCUGCUCCAGUGGCCCUGCUCCCGCAGAGUCACAGCCCAGUGAGGAUUGCACUUUUGGUGCAGGAGAGGAGGAGGAGGAGGAGGAAGAGGAAGAGCUCCAGAGGAUGUUACCAAGCCUGAGCCUCACAGAAGCAGUACAGCAUGGCACCCCCAUAGCACCUUAUUCUUUACCCAAAGAGGAUGUCAAGUGGCCACCCACUCUCCAGCCGCCUGUGGUGCUGGGCACCCCUGCUCCAGACCCCAGCCUUCUGGGCUCUGCCUCUUGUGACCCUGUUGGAUUUGGGGAGCUUCUCCCUGAGGUCCUGCCGAGCCUGCAGCCCGGGCCCCUGGCUGUCAGCCUGCCCCCAACCAGCGAACAACUCCUGCCUGACCUACUGAUCAGCCCCCACAUGCUGCCUCUGACCGACCUGGAGAUCAAGUUCCAGUACCGGGGGCGGCCACCUCGGGCCCUCACCAUCAGCAACCCACAGGGCUGCCGGCUCUUUUAUAGCCAGCUCGAGGCCACUCAGGAGCAGGUGGAGCUCUUUGGCCCUGUGAGCCUGGAGCAAGUACGUUUCCCCAGCCCUGAGGACAUCCCUAGCGACAAGCAGCGCUUCUACACGAACCAGCUACUCGAUGUCCUGGACCGUGGGCUCAUCCUCCAGCUACAAGGCCAGGAUCUGUAUGCCAUCCGCCUGUGCCAGUGCAAGGUGUUCUGGAGCGGGCCCUGUGCUUCAGCCCAUGGCUCACAACCCAACCCCAUCCAGCGGGAGGUCAAGACCAAGCUCUUCAGCCUGGAGCAUUUUCUCAAUGAGCUCAUCCUAUUCCAGAAGGGCCAGACCAACACCCCACCACCUUUUGAGAUCUUCUUUUGCUUUGGGGAGGAGUGGCCUGACCGCAAACCCCGAGAGAAGAAGCUUAUCACCGUACAGGUUGUGCCUGUAGCAGCUCGGUUGCUGCUGGAGAUGUUCUCAGGGGAGCUUUCUUGGUCAGCUGAUAGUAUCCGGCUACAGAUCUCAAACCCAGACCUCAAAGACCACAUGGUGGAACAAUUCAAGGAGCUCCAUCAUAUCUGGCAGUCGCAGCAGCGCUUGCAGCCUGUGGCCCAAGCUCCUCCUGUGCCAGGCCUUGGUGCUGGCCAGGGGCCCUGGCCCAUGCACCCUGUUGGCAUGCAAUAAUAGGGCUGCAUAUAGUGAUUGGCCCAGGCUUCUGGGAUGGGUGUGCAGACUGAUGUGGAGUUGUGACAGUCCCAGGGCACCUGACUGGCUGAAGGGUCCUAUCUGGGUCUUCUGGAAGUGGAUCUGGGCCCAGAAGGAGAGGGAAGAGAGGCCCAAGUGCCCAGUUCUGUCGACAGACGCUGAGGGAAGCUGGGAGUAUUUUGCUUCAAGGGCUGUCUUCCUGCGUGUCCCUCUACUCUGCGAGCAUUGGCCCACUGGCCCUGGAGGCAUAUAGCCAUCAGUGCCAGUGAGAGGGAGAGGAAGCCCUGACCCUGGUUGCACAGAGGGCACUGCCCCAGAGCAGCCUACUCUUGUGGUUGCCCCCAUUUCCUCUAAGAGUGGAGUGCUGUGGGCCAGGGACACCCUCCCUCUGCUCCCCACAGGGCCUUUGCUGGGCAUGGGCCUGAUUUGGGGGUCUAGUUUUGAGUUUUGCUUGCUUCAUCUUUCUCCUGAGAUAGAUAUGGGCACUUGGAUAUUAUACCAGAUACUUAAGGCUGGCAGCUACCUCCCUCCUUGAGACUCCAAGAACCUGGGGUAAAGUGGAGUUUUAUGUAUUUUUGGAUUAAUAAAUGUUCAAAAUAGAUUCAGCUA